AUGAGACAAAUAAUUGUAAUUAUCCUAAGACGGUUAAUAAUUGCCUUAUUUGCCCUUUGUGGAAUAAUCCGACGUAUAUUCACUUGUCAAUGGAUCAGACGUAAUCAACAAAGGAUUGGAGAACUUCCAACAUUUAUUACAAAUAAAAAAGAAAAUUUAGACGAAUUUUCGGGAGGUUGGUCAAGUUGGAAUGAAAAUCCUUCUGCUGUUCUAACAACAGAUACAUCCUCCCAAAUUGAAGAAUAUAGAAAACAGAUGCAGGCGAACCUUUUAGCUGCUAGAUCUGCCAAAAAGAAAUUUAAUCCUUCACAAAAUAGUGGAAAUAAUGGAAAUAAUUUACAAAAAGUUGUGAUAGAACCUGAUUUAUUUGAUGAAAUUCAACCUCAAGUUAAGGCUCCUAAAAGAUUGUUGAUCAGACAGUCACAAAAUGAACAACAAAGAAAUUUGUUUGAAAUGAGAGAUUGUGAUACUCCAAUAGAGGAGAUGUUGAACGAGAGGCCUGGAGAACUUGGCCAACUAGUCGAAAGCCACAUAGACAAUGAGGACGUGUCUAAUUGGUUAUCUGAUGAGGACAAUAUAAAUUUUGAACAAUUAAAUUCUGUUGAACAAGAACAAAAAAGAAGAGAGCGGGAAAUGAGGAAACAACAACGGCAAACAGAACAUUCAAAACAGUUGGAAAACAAAAGACGUUUACUGGAACAAAAACAAAUGGGAAGUUCGAAAGCUUUAUAAAAACGGGCAUAAUUAUGUAU